AAACGAUACGGGAAUAAGAUGUAAAACGUUUGUAACUCCGCCUGGACAGGUGGGAGGCGUCGAACGAUGAGGUCAGUGGCGAGUCGAGACCCGUCUAGUUAACCGACAGUCAGUGCGGGUAGAUUGGGGUGUAGAUACAUUUGCAGGCGUGUAGGUACAGACAAUCUAAACUAGAGUUUCUAAAUAGUUCAGUGUUUGGAAGGCCAGUCCACAAGGGACUGGGCAAAUGGGUCGAUACCGGACACCUUUUCCAAUGUUCGUAAAUCGGUUUUAUGUCUUCGUCCUCUUGUCCGGACUAGCAGCUUCAGGCGUGCUGCCAGUCGGAGGUAUGAAGGUGUACACGUCCGGGGAGGUGGAGGCGGUGAAUGGCACCGACGUGCGGCUCAAGUGCACCUUCCAGAGCAGCUCUCCCAUCACCCCGGCAACGCUCACCGUCUCAUGGAACUUCCGGCCCCUUGGCCGUGGCCGCGAGGAGUCGGUGUUCUACUACCACGAGAGACCCUACCCGCCUCCGGAGGGACCCUUCCGGAAACGAGCGAUAUGGGCUGGGGACAUCAUGGGCAGGGAUGCCUCCAUCAUCGUGCGUGACGUCAAAUUCACCUUCAACGGGACGUUCAGCUGCCAGGUGAAGAACCCGCCGGAUGUCUACGGCAACAUGGGGGAGGUGAAACUAACCGUGGUCACCACAGCCUCCUUCUCGGAGAUUGCCAUACUGGCUGCGGCCAUCGGGGGUGCAAUCGUGCUGAUGGUAGUCCUCCUCGUCAUCGUCAUGUCGAUACGACGCUGUCGCAGGAAGAGACGGGAGGAGGAGGAGGAGGGUGACGACGAACCACCUCAGAGGGUGAGGAAGGACCCUACUGUCUGGUAAGAGGGACGGACAGUUAGAAGGAUCCCCUCUCAAACUGGCCUGUGGUGCCCACCUCUCGGACUGGGCUCAGUGUGGACACUCCUUCCAACCCAAUUUUGGAUCCAGAAACCUGGAACAUCGUCGGGAAGCUAUUUUGACCAAGUGCCUUAGAAUACUAUUGUAGAUGAUCCACUUGCAGGGUCCUGUAUCGUACACCCAUCAUGCACCACUCCCGGGAAGACGUAAGGCUUCCAAAGCCAUUUCCUGUUUAAGUGUAUGUGUGUUGACGUUAUGUACAUCAUUUCUGUUGUGAUUGACUACUAACCAGUUUCAAACUGUAACAUCAGCGUAGCUGUUGUAGGCCAUUUCCUGGUUGUGUACUUACCAGCAGGGUCCUUAAUGGUUACUCUGGUUCACAUAAUUUCAGUCAGUUCAGGAGGACUUCGCCUGUCUCACAUUACUGCUGAUCAAUGAGAAUGUUUCAUUUUAUUCCUGAAGUGAUUUUAUAUUUCUAAAUUGUUUUUUUUUUUACAGUGUAUUUGUAUUUACUAAAUGCUGAAAUAAUGUCAAUAUUCAAUGGAACACACUUUAAUGGCAGUUGUUUGAAUAUAUCACAAAAAUACCAACAAAUAUAAUUAUACUGUUAUGUUCAAAGACUUUCCAAAUGUUUCGGUUGUAGAUGGUUGAAACACUGUGUUCUGGUCCUUUGUAGACUGGUAAUAUUAUGGCCAGGGGAACAUGUUGUUUUUGACUUGCUGUUUAUGGCAUUUGCAACACAGCUGUCGGGUUCUAGUCUGUGGUUGAAAGGACUAUGUUGACCCUCAUUGUGUGGGGUUUUCAGAUCUCUCUGCGUUGGACACUUUGUCUGCUUUGAAUUGAAAUGUAAAAAAUCCUGUUUGCUUAAUUUUACAUAAAAUAUUAUGAACAAAUGCCA